CCCAAGUAUGUACAAAUACGCUAUUAUUUAUGUAUAUAUUCAAUAAUAACAUAAAAUAACUAAUCAAAAUUAUAAUAAAAUAAAAUAACCGCAAUAAUCAUUUUCUUCGAUUUUACGACUUGCUUCUUUGAAAGUCUAAUCCCACGAAUCAUUCAAACUAUCGCAGUGAGUAACAUUCAACGUCCGAAGAAAAACGAGAUCAUAUUGCGAGUAAUCUUCAAAGAAAUCUACUAGGUCAUCGGACAGUUCAAGACAAAAUUUCAGACAAACAUCAAUCGGCUUGAAGUUCUUGGUAAAGCUGGCUAAAAUCAUUUCACGUCUUCGGGAAUUCCCUCAUUGAAAUUCGCGGUUCAAUUUAGGCGACAAAAUUUAUACACAAAGAAAAAAAUCGCAUAUGUAGUAUAAAACAAGAAGCAGGUUUGUCUUGUUGGUCAGUGUUGAAGGUUUUGAGUUCACUGCCGUUUCCUUAAAUGAGCAUUGUGUUUAAUAUUUCGUACAAAAUGACUAUGACGAAAAUCCUAGUAAUACUAGUUUGCUUCGCCUCUACGGCAAUCUGCCAAAGACCAUCUUUCGCUGGUAGGCCACAAGAGGGCGUGCAUCCUAUGUUCAAACAAAAUCAAACCCAAACUGUACAAACUAAUUUAGACAGCCGAUUCGGAGAAAACGGCGGAACAACUUCCACAUUACCAGUCGAUGCCAGAGGAGAUGCCAAUCUCGUCAAUCGCCUGAACGAAUGGCCGAACGAGAACAAGCCCUUCUGGUUGGUCAACCAUAAGAUUAUCGAGCAGCACAGAGGCACUCCGAGCCAAGGAAGCGGUACUGCUUCCGGCGUUCAGACUAGUACCACUUUAAGUUCGUCUACAGCUCAGGGACAAAACGUGGGAACUCAAGCCAAUGUUGCCUCUACUGCCUCAACUUCACAACCUAGCGGUGGCGUUCAAGGGAUUAAUAACAGAUUCGGAGAAGGCAGCAAUGGCCCAAAUACCAACAGUAACAACUCGUUUUCUAUUGUAGUGAAUGGGCAAUGGAGAACUUACAAGUACAACGAGCCUACUGAUUCUUGGAUUAGAGUUUAGGAGACCAUUUUUAAGUAAUAAAAUAUUAAGAGAGACUGCGAGUAGGAAUAAGUUUUAAUAGUUUUACAUUUAUGAUUAACGGAUAAUUUGGGAAUAUAAAUUUUGAAGAUUUAUAAUAAUUCGAAUUAGAAAAUAAAUGUUAAUAUGUAUUAUUUCUAAGGUGCUUUUAAUAGGUACUUAUGUUUCAUAACAUAGCGAAACAUUUUUGUAUGUAUUUAAUUUACAACCGUUAGAAAUAAAAAAAAAUCAUCUUCUUUUUAAUUAAUUUAC